AGGUGCUUGGUCGGCCAUAUUGGAUUGUUGACAUUAGAGAAGAGUGUCAAAGUGGGACGACACCACCUUCAAUCUUGAAUUGUUAAAAGCUUUCAGUAGUUAUCGUCACCCGAAGAAGAUGCCUACAUCAGCUGAUGAAAUCCUUAAAGGAUUCAAAUUGAACUGGAUGAAUCUCCGAGAUGGAGAGAGUGGUAAAAUACUGUGGCAGUCUUCUGAUGAUCUGUCAAAACCUGACGCAGAACAUGAAGCUCGCGUUCCCAAGAAAAUCCUGAAGUGUAAGGCAGUGUCUAGGGAGAUCAACUUCUCAUCACACGAGGCAAUGGAGUCCUUCAAACUAGAGCAGAAAGUCUUGUUCAAGGGCAAAUGUCUAGAAGAGUGGUACUUCGAGUUCGGCUUCGUUAUACCUGGAUCUACCAAUACAUGGCAGUCAGUCAUAGAGGCUGCUCCUGAGAGCCAAAUGAUGACAGCAGGUGUUCUAAACGGAAAUGUGAUGAUCGAGACACGGUUUUUCGAUGGUGAUCUGCUAGUGAGCACAUCUAAAGUAAGAAUAUUCUACGUCUAGCUGGUCAGCUCCCUACGAGAGAUCGUCCAUCAUUCCAUGGCAUAAUCUGGAACACUAGCCAUAGAUAGAAGACUUUACAAAUUAAUGGAAAUCAUGUCAUAAGAUUCUCAACAUCGUUCAGAGGAUGUAAAUGAUUGUGUAGUAUCUUAGACGAAAGCAAGCAGGUGAAAAUCUUAACUCACACAUUUUUUUCCCAGAAAUUUGUGAAAAUUAGUCAUCUAGAUAUAGUAUCUAUGUCAAAUGUCCAUACUAAACAUAAAAACGAAUUUCAUUUUUGAGUGAGUGUAUUUGUGAUAAAUGAAUAUUUAAAUAGUCUGCAAGUUGGUGAUUGAAGGAUUUAUUUGAGUGACAGAAGAAUGAAGAUAUGGCAGACAAAUAUAUUGAAUUAGUAGAACUGAAUUGUGCUAUUUGUUGUUGUAUCUAUAUAUAUCAUACAGAUGUAUAUUUGUUUUGUGGACUUUUUAUUGUUUUGACCUGUAAUUUUAUAAACGAUACUAAAUAUAUAUCCCGACAUUUUGUCAUCGAACAGUCCACUAAUGUUAAGCUAUUAGACACCCUCUGACUUUGGCUCUCGUGUUGUUUUUUUAAUGUCCUGAAAUAACAAAUUACCAGAUGAUCCUGAUGGUAACACUGGUAUUACGGAGGGCAAGUCCAGCUAUGGACCAUUUUCUGUUUUAUAAAUAUCUGCGCCAUAAAUUCUUCAUCAUUUAAGAUUUUCCAAUUUUCUAUUCCCUAUUGAGAUUUGAUAUGCAUAAGGCAAAUGGUUCUUGUCAUUUUAGUCCCUGGUAAAUGUGAUACUGAUAAUAGGAAAAUUAGUUUGACUCAUACAUGUAUAUAUGUAGUUUAAAUUCCAACUAUUUUUUUUCUUAAACAGUUGAUAUCAAAUAGGACAAAUAUAGAUUUAACAUAUCUAAAAUAAUCAAUUUAGUAGAGGUUAAUAAAUGCAAAGUUUUGACAGAACGUACAAAUUCUUUAACAUAAACGAGGCAAAAUAUUGCAAUGAAUGAAUUUUAAUGAACAGUUUUACCAUCAUUACAAAUCAUUUGUGAUUUUUUGUAGGGAUUUUUUACUUGUCAUAUAAAUGUUUUUAAUAUAUUACAUGCAAGUUUAAACAUAAAACAUUUCACAAUGCUUAAUAGCUGAAAGCAUGGAGAUGUUGGUUAUCUCCCUUUGAUAUGCAGAAUAUUCCAUUGAGAUUGUGUCAGUGAAAUAACUUAUUGUAAAUGUUUCUUAAUAUAACCAUCUCUCUUCAGUAUACUAUUUGUAUAUCUGGUCUGAUAUCUGACAGUCAGAGGGUAAAAUGAAGUGUCCUCAAAGUGAUGACUCUGUAUAUGGUUUAAUCACUAUGGAAACGCAUUGUGCAAUAUACCAGAAUAAUUUCAAAAGUAUAAGUGAUGUUAGUCGUUAAUUAGCUCUGUCAGUCUCCUUACUGCCUUUUUGUUGGAGUGGAGAGAUAUGUUUUGUUCUGAUGUUGGAAAAGAUUCUUUUUAACUACUAAUCUUGGUAAGAUCAUCACUAAAAACAGAAUUUUGAGAUAUGAUCACCGAGAAAUUAUUGUUUAUUUCAAAAAGAUAGACAUAGAAAAUAAUUUUAUAAGAAAUUAGGAAAUGAUAAUUUGAAGUCAUGUUGUUAAUAUGCUUAUAUCAGAUUGUGCUCCAAUGUAGGUGAAUCUGUGAACCUGGCUUAUAUACUAGUCUGUAGAUGGUACUUUCAGAGCAACACCAGAAAUAAUAAAAUGUUAUUUGUACUGUAGAGUAACUCACUUUGUAGACAUUUGGGUGUAAUUUCAAUCAACUUUAAUCCUUCUUGAUGAAGCAAGACUAUUUUCUUGUUUUAGAAUAGUAGAGGCCAACUGUAGAAUUCUAUGGGGAAACAUCUAACAUUGUAAUGUACUCAUUAAAAUCAUUGUAAUUAGUGUUAAUUACAACGCUAUCAACUAAUCAGUGAUUAUUUUCUGUAUGUAUAUUUAUUGGAGUGUAUGUUACCAGAUUUAGACAUUUGAGUGAGAUAAUCAUAUAGAUAGAUAGUGAGUGUUAUUGUUUGUGACAUCAUGUCAUUAUUUAAACACAAUAGAAUCCAGUGUAUGUAAAUUUCAUGUUGUCCAUAUGUGGACUUGUAUUCUCUGUCCGUCUUCGUUGGACAACAAUCACUGAUGUAUUGAAUUGAUUUAAACCCACCGGCAAAGAAAAAAUGAAGUUUAUGAUUUCUGUUUGUCCUGUGUGGGAUGGAGGCCGUACAAGUCCGGGCUAUAUACAUUCGUCUCUGUCAAAUUUUAUAUGGAAUCUCUAAUUUCUUCUGAUAUGAUCGAGAUAAAAUGUCAUACAAGUGUUCAUUACUGGGAUAUCUUUCCUUAGGAUAAGGUCAAGGUCACCUCUGUACUAUAAAUAGUACACACAUAUAUACAGUACUUGUGCUUGAAAUAAGGAAUUAUAACAUUCUUUGUGUGGUGUACGAGAUAACAUUUAGUCCCCUAUAUAUAUUGAAGGUUUAUUUGUGAUGAAGCUUGCUUGAUGUAAAAAUGCCCCGUGUUUCAUUCAGAGAAGGAAGACUUAUGUAAACAUGACAUUUCUGUAGUUUGUUUGUCAACAUGAAUUUUGUUUACAUUAUCCGAAUUAGCUGCAAUGCUGUUUGAAAAUAUUUUUAUGUUCAUAAAUUGAUAUGUUUACUUCUUAAAACAUUCCAUUUUCACCUCAGUAGGGAUUUUGCAUUUUCAACGUAAAAGAAGUGUGUUUUUGUGAAAUUAUCAGUAUAUAUAUGGAGAAUAGGAUACACAUGUACAAUCUGAUUAGGAUUUAAAUGGACUACGAUAAACAUACUCAGACUAUGUCGGUUUCUGUACAUAUUAAAAUGUAUAAUUUAUAAUGUUUGUCUGUAUACGUUUAUAUUGAAUCUGUAAGAGAAGAUGGCUAAAAUCCUUCAUGAUUUGGGACACAAUUGCCAUAUUGUGUUUUUUUGUUUUCUUUUUCUUUUUCCAAUUCAAUGUCGGUAGAUAUUAACAUUUAUUAGCUAUUUUUUAUACUAUGACAAUUUUUUCUAACAAAAUUCAGUUUGAAUUCUUCAAGGAAGCUUGAUAUAUCUGAACCUUGUCCGUAGUUAGAUAUUGAAACAUUGUACAAGGCUGUGUGAAUGAUACCUGGAGAAUAUCUGUGUAUAAAUUAUGUGUUAAGUAAUCACAUAUUAAGUAUUCAUCUAUUUACAGUUAACUUAAACAUACUACAAAUCUUAAAUUACAAAGAAACCAAACACUUGGAAAUUUGGUUUUAAGAAAGCUAUCUGAUAUUGUUAUUACUACAUGUUAUGACUACCAGUAACAUGUGUGGCAUGUCGUAAUUAUAAGUCUGUGCUGUGUGAAAAUGUUUCUGACAAUUCACAGCUAUUUUAAAAUGUCAUUGUGACCGAGUGAUUUGGUGUGUUAAGCAUGCUUUACAGUUAAAAUGUUCCUGGGCCAAGUCUAAUGAAAAGCUGUACAUUUAAAUUGGGUGCUGGGUACAUGUAAAUUGUCACAAAAAGUAUCGAAAUGAAAAUAUGUCUCUGACAUACAAUUCAAAUUGAUAAAUAUAUACAUCAGCUCUUUUUUAGAGAUUUUCUGAAAAUUAUUAUUCCAGAUAGAUACAUUUAUAUUGUAUGAUUUUGUUCAUUAUUCACGAUAGCCAAAGGUAUCAGAGCUGUUCCGUGGACAAUGAAAACUGCUCCAUGACAAAGAGAAAUUGUAAGUUACUGUGACAAAUUUUGAGAAAAUGACACAAAAUUGCACUAGAGAAAAUCCAAACCGCAUACAAGGAAUAUUAAUUUUGAUUAGUGAUGUGCCUCUGUAUAUUGUGAGAUGGGGAGGGGGGGGGGGGGUGGUAUUUGUUGUCAAGUGUCUUUGUGUUGGUCUUUCAUGGUCUGAUUGUGUGUUUUUUAAACUUCCAUCUUGGACUCAAAUAUUUCUGACAAUUCUAUUUUAGUACAGAGGAAUCUUCAACAUAUGUUUUUGCUUAUACAAUAGAUAAUGUAAAUAUAAUAUCUUUAUAAUUCUUUUUUGUUUUUCCCCACUGUUACAAAAAGAAAUAUUAAUUUCAUGUAUAAAGAAUAUUUCUCAAUAACCAGAGUCUUUUGACUUCUAUUCAGUUUUACUGAAACCAAGCACCUAGAUCUUUAUAUAUAUAACUACAUCAGGUAGCCGAUGUUUUUUUUUGUAAGAAGUGUUCAAAUUAAAAACUAUUGUAAAUGAAAUGAGUAGUUAGAAAUUAAUGGCCAGAAAUUUAAUAGAAGAAAUUACCAUGAAUCAGCUUCAAAUAAAUUCCUGUCCAUUUGAUCAAACAAUAUGGGAAAUUAUUUCAACAAAAUAUAUUUUUUGGUGUGUGUAGAUGUAAAAAAAAUAAUGUAAAUCUUAUUAGUAGUUUUUCCUCAGAAAAAAAAAAAGAAAAGAAAAUCCUUGGGUAGGUUAAAUUCCCAUACAAUGUGAUCACGUGAUCAUUUAAAACCAGCACUGUGUGACAGGGGUAUGUUGUAGUCGUAGUCAUGGAAACCUUUUCCUCAAUUGUGCAGUACAUCCGUCCACGUCUGUUGUCUCAAGUGCUGUAUAUUAUUGAGGACUAAAAUGGUUGCCAUUCUUUUUGAAAUAAAACAAUGAAAAUCUUU